AUGGCUGACGUCUUCAGCACAUCCUUUGCCGCGGAGUCGCAUACAGCUUGGGCUGCAAGCCAGUACGCAUGGGACCCAUCGCAACUGCAAGCUUUGCCGCUGGCUGCAAGCCCAGCUUCGGGAUCUACUGGAGCUGCUUCAGAGCAUCUCUCAGAAGGCCCUUGCAGCAGCGCCGGCGCGCAGCGUGACCAGAGCUUAGGACCAGUCCCCGUGGGCUGGCAGGAAUCCACACGCGCAGGCGCUGGCGGUGGAAAUGCUGGCGGCAAGGAACUGAAGGGCGCUCAUACCAGAGCCCCUAAGGGGCCCUUGGUCUGCCAGGUUGAAGGCUGCGGUCAUGAUCUUUCGCUGGAGAAAGGCUAUUACCAGCGCUAUCGGGUCUGCGAGCCACAUAUGAAGCUACUGAGCUUGGUGGUGAAUGGGAAGGCGUGCCGUUUCUGCCAGCAGUGCGGCCGCUUCCAGGAGUUGACGGAAUUCGACGGUAACAAGAGGAGCUGCCGGGCGCGCUUACUGCAGCACAAUGCAAGACGCCGAAAGAGAGACCCCCUCGAGACUUCAAGGAAGGAUGUAUCCGGCUCGCGGAGGAGCAAAACGCAUCACCCCUGGUCGGACAGCAGUAACGACGCUGAUAUGGGUCACGGCAGCGGCGAUCUCAGCAUCGGCAUGAAUGAUAAGGUCAUGACGAAUUACAGCGCGGAGAGCGGGGUCGACCAGGGUAUUAAGGUUCGGAUGGGCGCCGCACCGGUGUCCUCAGGCGGCAUGACGACCUGGAACGUCGGCAUAAAUGGAGCAGUCGAAACGCCAGCAGGUGUCAACCAGUUCCAGGCGAUGCUACAGCCGCCGCUGGCGGUCCACAUGCACUCAGGAGCAGUCGAUGCCGACCUCGCCCGUUGCUUUUCGGGCGGGACCGAUGUGGGGGAUGCACUAGACGAAAUGCUGGACGGCAUCCUGAACAGCAAGACGGACUAUUUGGAGGACCCGCGCGCAGCUCUGCAGGCUCCCGGAGCUGUUGCACUGCCCAUCCUGGGUGGGGCGUUUGGCGCUGCUGGCUCUGGACUUGCGUCGGGUCCGGUGUCUGGCGGCUCUUUGAUGUCUGGCCCCGAGGUUAAGCCUCCGCAGCUUGGGAUGAUGAGCCUGGCCAUGAACAGCAGCCCACCGCUAAACAGCAACAAUGCACCGGGCCGGGGCUUUGGUGGCCAUUGGGGCACGGCUAACAUGGGGAACACCGUUAGCAUGCCUGAGGUCAUGAGCGGCAGCAUGCAGUUGAAUAGCAGCAUGGGCCAUGCGGCCGUCGGCAUGAAUGGAAUUGCUAGUGGCAUGAGCGGUAUGGCCAGCGGCAUGGCUACCAGCGGUCCUCUCGUGGCCCCCCCGGCCAAUGCCGCUACCCCGGCGUCAUCCAGCUUCGACCUGGCUCGUCGCCUGGUGGCUAGUGGUGGUGCCGCUGCACAGUAUCAGAGCGAGGACCUGCUGGUGCGUGUAAGCAUCAAGAUUGCAAAUUGCACACCGGACCAGCUUCCUGUGGAUCUCUACCAGCGCCUCAGAAACCUGCUCAACACGGCCGACGCGUCGCUGGUGCAGGGCUUCUUGCGGCCGGGCUGCACGCAUCUUGUGCUGGACGUGCAGGUCGACAGGAGCGCGCGGGGUAAUGCUGGCCUGGACGGCUUUGGUGAUGACGGCACGGGAAGCGUCACCAUUCCGGGCCUGGCUGUGUCUGCAAUGGACGUGCGGAAGGUCCUGGGACCGGUAGUGAGCCGCAGCGCGCUGCUGGUUCAGAUGGAAAACGAGGUGGCGAUGUGGCCGGCGGGUGCACCCAUGGGCGCGAAGCCGCAUCAUAGUGCUUGCGUAGCUGAUUUGCAGGCAUCGGGGCAGCUGCCCGUUAUCCAGCACGUGAGCCCUGCGGCAUACAUCGACGGGGCAGGCCGUGCAGCGCUGCUCGUCUUCGGUGUGGGGUUGUGCACGCCAGGAGUCGAGCUGUGUGCGCGGAUCCAGGGUGGCUACGUACCGCUCACGGUCAAGCGACUGAUAGAGGCUGGACAGGUGUCCGUGGCUGCUGCUGCUGACCCCAAAAUGGCGGUGGCAACCGCCCGUGCGAUGUUGUACGCCAAGGCAUUGGAGCGAGCUGGCCGCAAAUGUGAAGACAUUCUACUGGUGUUUGUGGAGCAGGCUCCGGGAACUGGUCUGCUAUUCCUCGAGGCGCAGACGGGUCCCCUGCUUGGGAACUGGAGACCAUGUGUGCUCUCAACCGACGCGGUGAUUGCAGCCGAGCUUUCGCUUUGUGCAGGCCGGGCGGUGCGGGCCGGAGCAGCUGCUAUGGCGUCACUUGAGGCGUUUGUCCUGGAUCUUGGACGUGUGUUGGACAAGAGAAGCUACACAACGGUUGUGCCGCGCAGCCAAAGUGCGGUCACAACCGAGGAUAGGCUUGCGUGCGUGGACGAAGCUGAGGAGUGUGCUAUUGACUUGCCGAAGGCACAGGACAGCGCCGAUGAUGGGCAGGAAUUUAGCGAGGCGACGUUGGCAUUGGUGUGCUGCUGUGAGCGGUUGUUGGCAACAGCCACGGACUUCAGUAUGGCGCGCGUGAGCACCUUCCUCGCGGGUGCACUGUGGCAAUAUGGUCAAGAUGUGCAGGCGAUCCUAGAGGCGCCAUACGCUGAUGGCCUGGCAAUUGUCCAUCGUUGCGUGCGCUCCGGCAGCGCGGAGGUUGUCAGCGCGCUGCUCGCCUGGAUUGCAUUUUCUGGCGCGCGCAUCGACCUGGCGAAUGUGGGGGCCCUUGGCCUGAGCCCGUUGCAUUUAGCUGCCCUGGUGCCGGCAACAUGGCCGGUCCUUGCUGCUGUGCCCGCUGCACGCAAGAACUGGCGUUCCGCGCGAUCGCCACUCGACGGUGCAACGCCUCUACAUCUACAGCAAAUGCUUCUGGCGCAGCUGCCUCGGGGUGCGCUGCCGCAAGACCUGGUUGACGCGUUUGCCCCGAAGCCAAGGCCGGUGGCGGUACCAGGGAUCGCACAAGGCAGCGGGGCAAUUACGGCGAUAGAGAACACCCCUUCUGCGGUACCUGCGGCAGGCUACAGCGGACUGGCCGCUAUCGUUUCAGACGGCAACUCCAACGGUGACAAGACUCGGGGCGACUAUAGGAGGGCUCGGGGCGCGGUGGUGCUGAUGGCCAUUAUGUUUGUGGUCUCGGUGUUGGGGGCAAUGAUUCCAAAGCGGCUGUGGGCGCCCAAAGCUUCGGUCAACGGGGAGGCGGUCCCGGGCGCCGCUUCUGCGCAGCGCAUUUUCGCAGGCUGCUGCUCCACGAUGAUGUAUGUCAGCCUCCUUGGCUUGGCAAUUCAGUUUCUGCCGCUGAACAAGGCCGGGGUACUGUUGUCCCUGUUCAACCCAACGGCGACUUGUCUCGCACCAUAA